AAUGAGUUCCCAACCGCGUACAACGAGAAGGAGUAAAAACAAGAACAAGAACUUUAAAUUCCCUCCCAUCAGCAAGAAGAAAGGAAUGAGGAAGAAUAAUACUAAUAAAACAGUAUUACAUGAAGAAACUAAGCAGAGCUCUCAGCAAACAAAGAAGUUCAGGAAGGGCAAUAAGUUACUAAACAAACGACUGGGCGAAAGCCAGUCUAAGAAAUCAGACGAGAUGUCCAAUGGAAGUCUACUCAAAGAUUUCUUCGCCAAAAAGAAGUCCAUGGGAGUAAAGAAUACAAGAGAAGCUAAUAACACCCUUUCUUAUGGUAGUGAAGUCAAUACAAGUCGGUUUUUGUUAAAGAAAAGAGAGAAAGAAGCAAAGGAAAGAGAAUGGGUUAAUUCUAUUGGGCAGAAGAGAUUUAAAAAUAAUGAGGUCUUGAAAAACAUAUUCUCGAAGAAUUAUGAGGUAGAAGGAAUGAAAAAUAGGUAUAAGAGUGUUGACUCUCGAGGAAAUAAAUCAGUUUCAAAUCCUGUGCAUAUAAGGAAUAAAUUUAAAAUUGAUAAUCAUGAAAGUGUUAGAGAGAUGAGUAAGCCAUUAGUGCUCUCUAAUGACUAUCUUGAACCGGUAGUGAAGCAAGCUGAUACUUUAUCAAACUUUUCAAUUCACUCACAUAAUCAGACACCUGAAACGGUUGAAAGUAGUGCAAAGGGAUUCCCUAUAUAUCUUAGUAAGGGUCGAGAAAACAACCAAAGAUCUCUUUUAAAUUCUCAAAGAAGGUAUGAAUCACUUAAACUCAAAAAUCAUGAUAAGAGCUUCCCUAUGAACGAGUACGGAAUCAUCAACCACAUGUCUCUCAAAUCCAAUCGACAUAACCACCCCAAAAUCCCCCAAAACACCUCCUAACCCCCACCUAGGCAUCAACCCACCCCUAAAUUUUCCUUAAAACCUCUCAAA